CUGUGGUUUACUUUUCAGGCGUCACAAGACAAAAAGAGCUUGGAUGUCGGGGCGAAUCUUUUCAUCGGAAACCUUGAUCCUGUAGGUUUAUUCGUUCGAUUUCUCAAUUGUAGGGAAUGUGGACCACGUCAGCCCAUUCCUCAAGCUGGAGGUCAUCCCGUCGACCUCCCAUCCCACGCACCGGCCGUCCACCUCCGAUGCCCUUACAACAACCGCUACCUGAUGGUCGUCCCACAAAGGGAGCAUCUCGUCAUCGCCGGCGAAACCGAGAUGAGAGACGACCCCAACGACCAGACGUCCACGCUCUUCUACCCUUCCUUCCCGUCCUCCACCGACAACCUCGAGUACUUCAGGUACUUCCCUUAUGAGUCGUACGACGAGACGAUGGCUCGCAAGGACGAGGAGAUCAAGGCGAUUACGGAGUCGUUGGAGGAGUUCAAGGGGAGCAAUGGUGAGAGUCUGAGUCCUGAAGAGUUGAUUGGGCAGCUGAGGGAGAGGAUAGCCGAGCAGAACAGGGAGCUGGAGGAGUUGUACGAUCAGAUCGGUGGUCGGCCUAGCUAA